AUGCAGCCGAGUAGCGACAACGGGGCGAGCACGGGCGCCAACGUUGUGGUGGAGGGCAAGUACACGAUUCAGGAUGCGAACAUCGUAGGCCGUGGCGCAUACAGUGUGGUAAAGGUGUGCACACCGAUUCACCCGUACGUCCCACCAGGGUCGAGGCCUGGGAUGAAGUACGUGGUGAAGAUUAUCGAAAAGGAGUACCUCAUCUCGCUUGCCAAGGGUGACGUCGAUAUGGCGAUGGCGGAGAUCAAGCGAGAGAUCGACGUCCUGCGGCACAUUCCAUCGCACGAGAACGUGGUUACUUUUCUCGAGUACGUAGAGACGGAGAAGCAGUUUCUGCUGUUCUUCGAGAAGGUUCAAUGCGGCGACCUGUGCGAACUCAUUCUGCAGUCCUCCAGCGGCAAGCUGACGGAGGAGAAAUCGAAACUGUACACGUACCAGAUCAUCAAGGCGGUGCUGCAUUGCCACCUUCACGACAUCAUCCACCGCGACAUCAAACCCGAGAACUUGCUGGUAAGCGAGGACGACAACAUCAAACUGACGGAUUUCGGUCUAGCAAAGCGCUCGCGCGGGGUGUGCACCGGCGACUCCCCGAGGGACCCGCUCGACGUGACGGCGUUGAUGAUGCCGUACCCAGGCUGCGAGCGUCUCUUGGGCAAGCGGGUUGUUUGCUCGGACGUCAUUGGCACUCCCCGCUACGGCGCCCCGGAGAUGUUCUACGCUAAGUUCACGCAGACCCACUACGACGGCUUCAACGCCGACACAUGGUCGAUCGGCGUCGUCACGUAUAUCACGCUCUCCGGUAGCUUCCCCUACUCGCCGGGAUCGAACGCGUCAGAGAAGGAGGUGUUUCGCACGAUCAUGUCCACCCCGCUGCCGAAACCGACCGGCAUCUCGCCGCUGGCUUGGGAGUUUGUGCAGUCGAUGCUGAACAAGGAUCCGAGUAAGCGUACCCCCCUGUAUGCUGCGCUCAACCAUCCGUGGCUGGCUGACGUGGUGGUGCAGCGCGGCUCCGUCGUGGCGGCGCAGCUGCGAGCGGGCGCCAUUUCGGCUGACGUCGAGUCUGCUGCCGCUCGCUUCGACGAGGAGGCGCGCCGCCUGCGCAUAUGCAUGGCCAAGCUGCAAAGUGAAGUGGCCGCGCUUAGAGAGGAGCGCGACCGGGUGCGCGAGGUGCAGCAGCCCGCCUUACAAGAGACCCACACGCCGGCCCGUCGUGCGCAGACGCCAAGUGGGCUUUCGCGGCCGCGCAGCACACGCUAUCCUGCGUCGGCCAUUCGCGUCUCCUCGCCCGCGCGCGUCACUACUCACCGCCGCACAGGCAGCCGUGAUAGCAGCAGCGCUGGAUCCGUUCCUCGUCGCGCGUCUGCGCCGCGCGGCAGGAGCCCGCUGGCGCGCAGCGCAGGCGGCGCCGCGGUGCGUCGUGGCACCCCUGCAAGAGCCGGUGGCACCACCCCCGCCCGCAGCGCAACGCCGUCUCGGACCACCGGCGCUCGCUCGGGCUCUGCGGCGCGAGCUAUGAUUUCCACUCGCGGAGCCACACCGACACGCUCCGCCACACCAGGCCGCAGCGCCCACGAUCGGUCGCGCACUCCACACAGCAGCGCCAACGGCAUCACUUCCGGCGUGUCGCACUCCACCAACGCUGUGAAUCCCGCCAAUGAACUGCACCUUGGCGACCAGGUCACGUACAAGGGUUGCCGCGCUAUUGUGCGGUUCAACGGGUCAACCGCGUUCGGUGCUGGCAUCUGGAUCGGGCUGGAGAUGUUAGAGGGCAACGAGGGCACCAAUGACGGCUCCUCGUUCAUUGACAAGAAGCAGUACUUUACGUGCCCCAAGGGCAAGGGCGUGUUUGUGCGCGCCUCCCAGGUGAAGAAGCUGGGCUGA